AGAAAAGCCCCCUCACGUCCCCUACCUUCUUUCUUUCCCUUCACUAACUUUGUCAAAUUCCAGCCUUUCUUGCUCUCUGUCACAACUUGAUCCCUCCAAAUCACACCUAUGUUUCGUUGCUUCUUGAAAUCCAUCCACAAGAAGCCGUUCUUCCUUAAUAAUUCAAACCCUUCCGUCAUUUUUUCCACUACUGCCUCCCCUCCUCCACCAAAACCACUACAGAACAACAAAAACCAACUUCUUCUUCUCUCUAAACCCCAAAACUUCAUUUCACCACUCAAGCAAUCUCCUUCUCUAAUCCCAUUGAAUGACUUAGUCAAUCACUACAAAAGAUCAUCUCAUUCUCACCUGAAAACAGUACCCAUUUCCCCAAAGGUCUCGAAUUUGGGUUCUUUCGAUGAUUUGAUUGAACAUUUAGUUUCUAGUUAUAAGCACUCGUGCUGUCCGAAGGAUGCAAAUUUGUUUCAUUUAAAUGUUCUUAAACAUGGGUUUGAUUCUGAUUUGUUCCUAUGCAACACCCUUAUUAAUGUGUAUGUUAGAAUUGGUGAUUGGGUUUCGGCACGAAAGUUGUUUGAUGAAAUGCCGGAUAGAAAUGGUGUUACGUGGGCUUGUUUGAUUUCUGGGUAUACUCAGAAUGGAAUGCCUGAGGAUGCAUGUGGAGUUUUAAAAGAGAUGAUUUUUGAGGGUUUUUUGCCUAAUCGUUUUGCUUUUGGUAGUGCUAUUCGUGCUUGCCAGGAGUCUAUGUUAUGUGGGCUUCAACUCGGGAUGCAAAUUCAUGGAUUGAUUUUGAAGUCACCUUAUGCAAACGAUGCGUCAUUAUGUAAUGUGCUGAUAUCCAUGUACGGAAAGUAUCUGGGAUAUAUUGACUAUGCUCGUAGUGUCUUUGAUGAGAUAGAGAUUAGGAAUUCUAUAUCUUGGAAUUCAAUCGUAUCAGUUUACUCACAAAGAGGAGAUGCAGCUUCUUGUUUUGAACUAUUCUCAAGCAUGCAAAUGGCAGAUUCAGGUUUAAGUCUGAAACCUAAUGAAUAUACAUUUGGAAGUUUAAUAACUGCUGCUUGUUCUUCUAUUGAUUCUGGUCUGUCUUUGCUGGAGCAGAUACUUGCGAGAAUUAAAAAAUCUGGAUUACUGGCAAAUCUCUAUGUGGGGAGUGCUUUGGUUGGUGGGUUUUCAAGGCUUGGAUCGUUUGAUUAUGCUAGGAAAAUUUUUAAGCAGAUGACUGCAAGGAAUGCUGUCUCUAUGAAUGGCUUAAUGGUUGGUUUGGUCAGACAAAAAUGUGGAGAGGAAGCUGCUGAAGUAUUCAAGGAGACAAGACACUUGGUUGAUAUUAAUCUUGAUUCAUAUGUGAUUCUGUUAAGUGCUUGUGCUGAAUUUGCUCUCCUGGAUGAAGGGAGAAGAAAGGGUAGAGAGGUUCAUGGAUAUGCAAUCCGAACUGGGUUAAAUGAUGCCAAGGUUGCUGUUGGAAAUGGGCUUAUUAAUAUGUAUGCUAAAUGUGGUGAUAUUGAUCAUGCAAGAUCAGUAUUUGGGCUCAUGGUUGAUAAGGAUUCAGUCUCAUGGAAUUCCAUGAUUACUGGUCUUGACCAGAACAAGUGUUUUGAAGAUGCAGUCAAGAGCUACAAUUCAAUGAGGAAAACUGGUUUGAUGCCUUCCAAUUUCGCUUUGAUAAGUGCUUUGAGUUCAUGUGCAAGCUUGGGUUGCAUUUUGCUGGGACAACAAACACAUGGGGAAGGUAUCAAAUUAGGACUUGAUUUGGACGUUUCAGUUUCAAAUACCCUUCUUGCAUUGUAUGCUGAAACUAGACAUCUAGCUGAAUGCCAGAAAGUUUUCUCCUGGAUGCUGGAGCGUGAUCAAGUAUCAUGGAACACUGUGAUUGGGGCAUUAGCUGAUUCAGGGGCAUCGGUUUCUGAAGCUGUAGAAGUUUUCUUGGAAAUGAUGCGAGCUGGAUGGAGUCCUAAUAGAGUAACCUUCAUAAACUUACUUGCUACCGUUUCAUCUCUCUCAACAAGUAAACUGAGCCACCAGAUACAUGCUCUAAUACUGAAAUACAAUGUUAAGGAUGAUAAUGCCAUUGAGAAUGCUCUUCUGGCGUGCUAUGGAAAGUCUGGAGAGAUGGAAAACUGUGAGGAAAUCUUUUCUAGAAUGUCUGAGAGAAGAGAUGAGGUUAGUUGGAAUUCAAUGAUUUCUGGAUAUAUACAUAACGAACUCCUGUGCAAGGCCAUGGAUUUGGUCUGGCUAAUGAUGCAGAGGGGUCAGCGAUUGGACUGUUUCACUUUUGCCACUGUUCUUAGUGCUUGUGCCACUAUUGCCACACUAGAGCGUGGAAUGGAAGUACAUGCCUGUGCAAUAAGAGCUUGUUUAGAAUGUGAUGUUGUAAUUGGGAGCGCACUUGUUGAUAUGUACUCAAAAUGUGGAAGAAUAGAUUAUGCAUCGAGAUUUUUUAAUUUGAUGCCUGUGAGGAAUUUGUAUUCUUGGAACUCAAUGAUAUCAGGCUAUGCACGCCACGGGCAUGGAGACAAUGCUUUGAGGCUUUUCACACGAAUGAAGCUCAGUGGUCAAUUACCUGAUCACAUUACCUUUGUCGGGGUGUUGUCUGCUUGUAGCCACAUUGGUUUAGUUGACGAAGGGUUUGAAUAUUUUAAAUCCAUGACUGAAGUGUAUGGACUGGUUCCUCGUGUAGAGCAUUAUUCAUGUAUGGUUGAUCUUCUUGGACGGGCUGGUGAAUUAGAUAAGAUAGAGAAUUUCAUUAAUAAGAUGCCAAUUAAGCCUAAUAUUCUUAUUUGGAGAACAGUUUUAGGCGCUUGCUGCCGAGGAAAUGGUCGAAAGACAGAAUUAGGUAGGAGGGCUGCUGAAAUGCUGUUCAAUAUGGACCCUCAAAAUGCUGUGAAUUAUGUGCUUCUUUCCAACAUGUAUGCUUCAGGAGGGAAGUGGGAGGACAUGGCGAGGACUAGGAGAGCAAUGAGAGAGGCGGCGGUGAAGAAGGAAGCUGGAUGUAGUUGGGUAACCAUGAAGGAUGGUGUCCAUGUUUUUGUGGCUGGUGAUUACUCACAUCCAGAAAAAGGUUUAAUCUAUGCAAAACUCAAGGAACUUGACAAAAAAAUAAGGGAUGCAGGAUAUGUGCCCCAGAUAAAAUUCGCACUGUAUGAUCUUGAACCAGAGAACAAGGAAGAACUCCUGAGCUAUCACAGUGAGAAACUUGCAGUUGCUUUUGUUCUCACUCGCAACUCAGGAUUGCCUAUCAGGAUAAUGAAGAACCUCAGAGUUUGUGGCGACUGUCACUCUGCCUUUAAAUAUAUAUCAAAGGUUGUUGAUCGUUCAAUAGUGUUACGUGAUUCAAACAGGUUCCAUCACUUUGAGGAUGGUAAAUGUUCAUGUCGGGAUUACUGGUGAUUGACCAACCAGCUUAGUUUCUUGAAACAUUGGUAUCAUAGAUCGAUAAUUUAACAGCAUGGGAUCUCCUUCGAUGUUUUGAGUGAUGUUCAUUCUGGGAAAAUAAUGUUGGACAACAGAAGAUUUAAAGUGUAACAAGAAAGAAAGAAGAAGCUAAGAAGAAAAAGCCAAAGAAAGAGAAGAAAAAGCCAGAGAAGAGAAGAAUGGGGUUUAGAAAAGAUAUCUGAAGAUAACGCUAAGGAAUUCUGAUUUUCAAAUCCUGCUUGGUCCUUGAAAAACGAAGAAAAAUCUCCUGAGCAGUGUCAGCAAUUUCUAUCAGCAAUAUUUCUCAAAAUCCAUCCACCACGGACUCCAACUAAUCAAAGAUCACAGAGGCUCUAAUUUCAGUCAAGCAGGUCCCAACUCCCAUGGAAAAGGAUCUUCAGGAAAAGAAUGCCAUUCGAUAAAAUUAUUUUUCUUAUGAAGACUUAAGUUUGUUCACUGAUGGAUUUAGCCAGAAAAAUUUCAUCGAUAACUUCCAAUUUGGAAGAGUCUUUCAUGGAAAAGUUGAAGCAAGACAAGUUACAGUCAAGAUACGGGAAAUUUUUAAAAGGAUGAACUUGUUUUACUUCAGUAUCCCAAACUGAUAUCUCGUCCAGACUUAAGUAAAGCUGAUUGGAUACUGCCAUGAAGGGGAACAACUUGGUUUAGUUUAUGACCUUGAGCCACUGGAUACUGUAUAUAACCUUGUAUGGCAAGAUAGUUUUACUUGGCUAUGGAGAAUUAAGGUUGCUUUUGGAUUUGCCUGCCUCCUUAAAUUUCUCCAUGCUGGUGAAGCACGACUUCUGCCCUAUCUAGUUCAUAAUAUAAGCACGUCUCAUAGAAUGCUCUAUCAGGACUACAACCCAAAAUUGUUUGAUUUUGGUAUGUUCUCUGGUUAAUAUUCCUUCCUGAACGUUGGUAUGGAAAUGGAUGUAAUGGUUACGUGGAUGACUACUGCAAAAUUUUAGGUAUGAAGGAUUAUGCAUGCUCAUUUUCCUGUUUAUUAACAGAUUAGUCAACAUUGAAGAUAUAUCUGCCAUUCUCACUGGUGUUCAUAGGAUUUUUAUAUAACAGAACGCAAAAGAGAGCAUCAGAAGGUGGUGACCAGACAUAAAACAGCCUAACCACAUUUCACAAUAUAAUAAUAAAAAUAGAAUGAUGACGAUGCACCACCCUUGGAUACCAUGUUAGGUAAAAUAGCUGCAUGUCCAUUCGUCAAUCCUUGAAUACAAGUCGACUGUACCAUGUCAUGUGCAUUUGUUCUUGUUCAAACUCUUUUAAAGAAAUAUAUGGUACAGAAAUCUUAGAGGAGCCUAGCUGUUAAACAUUUGAAGCACAAAUCCAUAUUUUGUCUUGAAAGGAUGUGCAUGCAGAUGCUAACCUUUUUAUGUUUCGUUGGAAGGCUCCCUGCGCUUUAAGCUGCACAGUUGUGGGGUUUGGGGUUAGGUCUCUCUUUUCCCUCAGACAUCCGACUACAUAUCAAAGGAUUAGAAGGUUAUAUCCAAGAUUUAACCCCCGGGCAUUGCCCAUGGACACAUGUCUAUGCUAACUAAUACAACUGUUGUAGUCAAUUUGUUUCAAGUUGGAAACUUUGAUUUUGUUCCUGCAAAAUGACAGUUUUUGGCUAUCUUUUUAGACUUCAAGACCGAGGGUGGAAAGACGGGGAAUUCUGACGUGUAUGCAUAUAUAUGGUAUAGUACUCCCGAGCCUGAUAUCCAAAAGAGUUUACAGAGAAGGCAUGGAGGAUGGGACGCAGGAUAUGAAUGAAUGGACGACGAGUGAGUAUGAAGCAAAGUGUUCACUUGUGCACCAAAGCCUAGAAGGAGAGGGGUUCUGAUUAUGGUGAUGGACUGGAAAUUAGCAAGCUGGCAAUGGAAUGUGUGGCUUUUGUGCCUUCUAACAGUCCAAAAAUGAAGCAAGUUGUUAAGCCAUUACUGAAUUUAUUUGCUGUUCUUAGACAUGCUGAUGAUCUUGGCAUCAAGCAGAUGCUCUGCGGUGAUGAUUAAAUUUUUUAGAAAUGCUGCUUAAUCUAUUGGAGGUGAUAAUGCUGAUGAUUCUAAGUUCAAGAAAGUUAAUGUACUUUAACAAUUAAAUAUUUUGCGUAUUUAUUUAUCUUGAUAAGAACAGGUGGAAAGGAAAA